GCCAACUCUCGCGAGCUUUGUCAGUAACAGUUGAUUGUAAUGUCAGUGCAAUCCAAUUUACAGGCAAGAGCAGCAGCUGCAUACUGCAUUUCCCUUACAAACUUUAUCAUCUUUGUCGCAGAGAGUCUGAAAUCAAUAUGCAGGACAAGGUUACAGUAGGAUGUAUCCAAUUUUUCGUGAGGUUUCUUUUGCUCUGGUUAUUUAUUGGGACGACACACAGUGAAGAAGAUGUUAUCAUCACAACAAACAAUGGUAAAAUUCGAGGGAUUAAUUUGCCAGUUCUUGGCGGCAUAGUCUCAGCGUUUCUUGGAAUUCCCUAUGCACAACCACCUAUUGGUAGUCUUCGAUUCAAAAAACCACAAUAUUUGUCCAAGUGGUCUGAUAUUUGGAAUGCCACAAAAUAUGCAAAUUCCUGCUAUCAGAACAUAGAUCAAAGUUUCCCAGGUUUCUCUGGAUCAGAGAUGUGGAAUCCAAACACAGAACUCAGUGAAGACUGUUUGUAUCUGAAUGUGUGGGUUCCAUCACCUAAACCAAACAAUGCUUCUGUGAUGAUAUGGAUUUAUGGUGGUGCUUUUCAAAGUGGAACUGCAUCAUUACAUGUUUAUGACGGCAAGUUCCUGGCUCAUGUUGAAAGAGUUAUUGUCGUUUCAAUGAAUUACAGAUUGGGUGCUCUAGGAUUCUUGGCUUUACCAGGGAACAAGGAAGCUCCAGGAAACAUGGGCUUAUUUGAUCAACAAUUAGCACUUCUGUGGGUCCAAAAUAAUAUAGCAGCUUUUGGUGGAAAUCCUAAAAGUGUCACACUCUUUGGAGAAAGUGCAGGAGCAGGUUCAGUUAGCCUUCAUUUGUUUUCUCCUAGCAGUCAACCAUUGUUCACCAGAGCCAUCCUGCAAAGUGGGUCUUCUAAUGCUCCUUGGGCAGUAAUGUCUUUAUAUGAAGCUAGGAACAGAACAUUCACCCUAGCUAAAUCUGUUGGUUGCUUCAGAGAAAAUGAGACUGCAAUAAUUGCAUGCCUUAGAAAUAAAGACCCCCAAGAAAUUCUUUCAAAUGAAAUAUUUAUUGUCCCUAAUGAUACUCUGUUAUCAAUUAAUUUUGGACCAACUCUUGAUGGUGACUUUCUGUCUGACAUGCCAAAUACACUCCUCCAUUUAGGGCAAUUGAAAAAAACUCAGGUCUUGGUUGGUGUCAAUAAAGAUGAAGGGUCAGCAUUUUUAGUAUAUGGUGCACCUGGUAUCAGCAAAGAUAAUGACAGUAUCAUAACUAGAAAAGAAUUUCAAGAAGGUUUAAAAAUGCUCUUUCCAAGAUUGGGGGAAUUGGGAAAGGACUCCAUUCUUUUUCACUAUGUAGACUGGCUAGAUGAUGACAGACCUGAAAAAUACCGUGAUGCCCUGGAUGAUAUUUUGGGGGAUUAUAAUUUCAUUUGCCCUGCUUUGGAAUUCACCAAAAAGUUCUCAGAAUUAGGAAGUGAUGCUUUUUUCUACUACUUUGAUCAUCGAUCCUCCAAAAGUCCUUGGCCAGAAUGGAUGGGAGUGAUGCACGGUUAUGAAAUUGAAUUUGUGUUUGGUUUACCUCUGGAGGAACGAUCUAAUUAUACAAGAACUGAAGACAUUUUGAGUAGGUUCAUAAUGAAAUCCUGGGCAAAUUUUGCAAAAUAUGGAAAUCCGAAUGGGAUCCAGAACAAUAGUACAAGAUGGCCAAUUUUUAAAAGCACUGAACAAAAAUACUUAACUUUGAACAUAGAUUCACCAAGAGUAUAUACAAAACUUCGUGCUCAACAAUGCCGAUUUUGGACACAUUUUUUCCCCAAAGUAUUGGAAAUAACAGGAAAUAUAAAUGAAGCAGAACAAGAGUGGAGAGCAGGAUUCCAUCGCUGGAAUAAUUAUAUGAUGGAUUGGAAAAAUCAAUUUAAUGAUUACACUAGCAAGAAAGAAGGCUGUGCAUCGCUUUAAUGAAUAGAUCUGCCUUUAUAGAAUGUUAAUUUUCCUAUAGAUGAGGGAAAAAAAUCAGUAGUUCUGUUACAUAUUGAGUAAGAAAACUAUUAUAUAGUGGAAACAAAAAUGCCAGAGGAAGAAUAUUGAUUCCUCAUAUCUUUCACUCACUUAGUGUUGUACUGGCAUUUCAAAACCUAAAUGACUAAAAUGUGUUUAAUUAAAUUUUACAAUAAAAGCUUGACAAUUAA